AUCAUUUGCAUGUCGGCCUCUACCACUUUCUUACUUCUUCUAGUGAAAGGAUGAACUCUCGGAGCUUUGUUGGCUACAUUCUUUCUUCCUGAUGUGUUAUCGCCGGAUGGGUGGCAGUCCAGUUCCGGUCAAGCUUCUGAAACAUCUUCUGCAUGUGCUCUAGUGGAGAUAGCGCAACGGAUCCGCCGCCCUAAGUGGUUCCUCCUCGGUGGCAACGGCUCUGGUCUUCCGCUGGUACCGUUUAGCUAGAUUGUAUUGCAUUUCUAUUUUUCGUUCUGGACUCCUCAAUGGACGAUGCAAGUUAAAAAUAAGUUCACUUGUGAUGCAUACAGAUCACCUAUGUAAAGGAGUUGAUGUAGCUAUCCAACAUGUCCUAAAUCAAACAAAACUCACUUGCAGAAAUGUCUUACAUGAGAUUAAGCCGGUCCGCGUGGAUUGAUGACUAGUUUAUCAUUAAAAAAAAUUGGAUAAUAUGUUAAAUAACAUAUUGUAGCACUUACCCCUCACUCACCAUCACACUCACAUAGUGAAGCAAGCACCCCCUCCCACUCUUUCUAUCUUUAUAUUUCAUACACUGGUUGUCAUUUGUUUGCAUCCGUCAUCUUUGUUGUACUCUUUAGUUGGAGUGUUGGAUAUUGUGAUAAAUGUGGUUGGUAUCACUCGCUAGUCUUCAGCGGCGAGGUUAGUACUCUCUUUUGUUUUCUUCUAUAUAAGGCACACAUCAUAUUAAUAACUUUAUUGUCUCCCUCUACCUACCUCCCCCUCCUCUCUCGUCUCUCUUCAUCUCCCUUCCAUAUACCUUUUUUAAUAGGGUUGGGUCCCAAAAGAGCCAGAAACCAUAGAUAAGCAUGACAAUACAUUUUAUAAAAAUACCCUAUAGAAAUUGAAAAUUGCAACCUAGUCCUAACAGUUUACAGCAAGGACCCCAUAUCAUCAUGAUGGAUUGCAAUUAUGCCCUGCCUAACCGCAUCACCAAGGUCCAAGACUUCCACGGGAUGAACCACUUGGGAUGGAGGCCUCGCCAUAGGAGCUCCUCCAGCUCAUCGUUCAUGGAUAGAGUUGCAGGCGCUUGAUGGACACUGGACUGCCUCCCUUAUCGCGUGAAGCCAGGAGGACUAUGAGGAGCUGGUGCCAAAGUCGCUAGAAAUGUCUUCCUACGUUGGCUGUGGUCAACGUCAUUUUCGUUGUCAUGUAGUAGUAGUAUUAGCGGUCGAUAUCGAUGAUCCCUAGGCAACCGAUAGAUGUCUCAAGCUCUUGCCACUCUUGUUCUAGAGUCUCCAUAUCCAUAGUAUGUAAUUUCACAAAAAAUAUAUACCUAGUAUGUAUAUAUACAUACGUGUGUGUAUCCAAUUUAAUGGUAGAGUGGUAACGUUCUUCUUGAGAACAGAAGGAACACGCGAUACGGCACAAAAAUGGCUCCACGAGGCCGCAGGACGAGCCGAUCAAAAGAUUUCCUCUUGAGCUCCGGAACAGCGGCCGUGGCCGUGAAGCCACGCGGCGCCGUCCUGGACACGCCGCCGGUCCCGUUGGCGUACGGGGUGCUGAAGUACCAGCAAAGCGGCGGCGGCACGAGGUGGCGCGAGUGCACCGUCGUGCUGGGCGCCGUGGCCAUGGUGGCGCUCUUCGUCACCCACGCGCUCGCCCCAAGGGCCAGCGUGUUGUCCGAGGAGACGCGCGGGGCGGCACGACCGGAGCAGAACAUCAUGGUCGCCGCCGGCUCCGAUGCCGACGGGUUCCCGUGGAGCAACGAGAUGCUGCAGUGGCAGCGCACCGGGUUCCAUUUCCAGCCGGAGAAGAACUACAUGAACGAUCCAAACGCUCCAAUGUAUUACCGUGGACGGCACCACUUCUUCUACCAGUACAACCCUACGGGCGUCGUCUGGGGCAACAUCACAUGGGGCCACGCCGUGUCGAGGGACCUGGUCCACUGGCGCCACCUCCCCCUCGCCAUGGUGCCGGAUCAAUGGUACGACAUCCACGGCGUCUUGACGGGCUCCGCCACCAUUCUCCCCAACGGCACCGUCAUCGUGCUUUACACGGGUAAAACCGACACCUCUGCUCAAGUUCAGUGCCUCGCCAUGCCCACUGACCCGGAUGACCCACUCCUUGUCAACUGGACCAAGCAUCCUGCCAACCCCGUCAUCCUCCCACCCCCCGGCAUCGGCCUCCAGGACUUCCGCGACCCCACCACCGCAUGGUUCGAUAAUUCCGACCUGACAUGGCGCACCAUCAUCGGCUCCAAGGACGACAACGGCCAUGCCGGCAUCGCCUUGAUGUACAAGACCAAAGACUUCAUCAGGUACGAGCUCAUCCAGGGGGUGCUCCACCGCGUCGAGGGCACCGGAAUGUGGGAGUGCGUCGACUUCUACCCUGUCGGCGGCGGCAACAGCUCCUCGGAGGAGGAGGCGAUGUAUGUGUUGAAGGCGAGCAUGGACGAUGAACGCCAUGACUACUACGCGUUGGGGAGGUAUGAUGCGGCGACCAACACGUGGACGCCAUUGGACCCGGAGCUGGACGUGGGGAUCGGGCUGAGGUACGAUUGGGGAAAGUUUUUUGCUGCCACCUCUUUCUAUGACCCGGUGAAACGGCGGCGCGUGAUGUGGGCUUAUGUCGGCGAGACCGACUCCUUGAGUGCCGACGUUGCCAAGGGAUGGGCUUCGGUCCAGACAAUUCCGAGGACGGUGGUGUUGGAUGAGAAGACCCGGACGAACCUCCUCCAAUGGCCGGUGGAGGAGAUCGAGACGCUCCGCUUCAACAGCACUGACUUUGGCGUCAUCACCAUCCACACUGGAUCCAUCAUCCCUCUCUGCCUCCGUCAAGCAACUCAGCUUGAUAUCGAGGCGUCCUUUCGCCUAGACGAUUCCGCCAUUGCCAUGAUCAACGAGGCCGACGUGAACUACAACUGCAGCACGAGUAGCGGAGCCUCAACCAUGGGCGCACUUGGUCCCUUCGGCCUCCUCAUCCACGCCGCUGCCAACGGUGGCAGCGAACAACUAGCGGUUUACUUCCAUGUGUCAAGGGGCCUCGAUGGGGCACUCCGAACCCACUUCUGCCAUGACGAGCUGUUGUCGUCCCGGGCGAGUGAUGUCAUGAAGCGGGUGGUUGGCAGCACUGUGCCGGUGCUCGACGGUGAGGCUCUAUGUGUGAGGGUGCUCGUGGACCAUUCCAUCGUAGAGAGCUUUGCGAUGGGCGGUAGGUUGACAGCGACGUCACGGGUGUACCCGAUGGAAGCCAUCCACACGGCGGCGGGGGUGUACCUUUUCAACAACGCCACUGGAUCCUCCAUCACCGUCGAGAAGCUUGUAGUUCAUGAGAUGGCCUCGACGUCUUAGAACCAGACAUUCGUGGCCGACGAUGACUGGUAGCUUUAGUAAGCUGUAUACUCAUAUGCUAAUGCGGGUCACCUGCCUCCCAAGUAUGACUCCUAUGAUAAUAACAAUGGCACGCUUUGCCUGACUCCCAA